CAUCCAAUAGACAGCGCCGUGCUUCCUUCUCAAUAAAGUUUUCCUUGGCGCGAUGCACGCCGGGUAGGUCACAGCGUGUGGGGUUUCCAUGUGUUGUCGCCGGUGACAGUCAGGAAAGAGAAGAACACCGGACACCAUGUACCCCGCCGCCCGCUGCUGUUUGAGAGCGAGGAGGAUCGCACACGGCCUGUGCAGGUUAGAGGCGCCUGCAGUGAGGUACUUACGGACAUCCUGCGCACUUCGGAACCAGCCUUUGCCCAUGCCGGAUCUGGACGAUGCGGUCAAACAUUACCCCCCAAAAAUUCAGCAGCUGGUUGACCAAAUAGCAUCCCUCACUCUGCUGGAAGUGUCUGACCUCAACGAGCUACUUAAGAAAACGUUGAAGAUUCAAGAUGUUGGUAUGAUGCCGAUGGGCGCCAUGAUGGCAGGAGCAGUGAGUGCAGCAGCACCAGCCCAGGCUGUGGACGAAGAGGCAGCACCAGCCAAGAAAGAAAAGACGCACUUCACAGUAAAACUGACAGAGGUGAACGCUGUAGACAAAGUGAAACUCAUCAAGGAAGUGAAGAAUUGUGUAUCGGGGGUGAACUUGGUACAGGCUAAGAAGAUGGUGGAGUCGCUUCCACAAGAGAUCAGGGUCAACGUUGCUAAGGAGGAAGCGGAAAAGAUAAAGGCUGCUCUGGAGGCUGCAGGGGGGAAGGUGGUGCUGGAAUGAGGCACCCGGACUCUUUAUGACAGUUCAAUCGGAUGACGGUUUGGGGUCGUCUUCCACAAGCCUGGGCUCUACAGGCCAACAGGUGGCAGUUCUAGGACAUAGAAUGUACUCUUGUGUCCAAGCCAUUGCAACGUGUGGGAACGCCACCCAAAGCCUUCACCUCAUACUCCCCAUGGGAACGCCUCCCUCCUCCAUAUACGGGCUGGGUGGGGUACAGCUUUUUUGUUAAAUUUUUUUUCCCCUCCCUCUGUGUACUUUGGUCUCUGCAGCACUUCACUGUGUAAUUAAUAGUUUAAUGUCUCGUUAUCUUAUCUUGUUUUAUACAUUAAACUCUUACCUUGAGGCUGC